AUGAUCAAUCUUGAGCCACCCUUUCAGCCGCCGUGUGGUACAAGGCAGUUGGUAACUACGAAGACAUACUCAACCAGCACUUGUUACUAUGAAUGCUACCAAAAGAAACUGAUGGACGUUUGUAAUUGUCGUUUUCUUGGUAUGCCCUAUAGAGGGGAGUUUAACGUAUCAAGGUUUUGCAACACCGAAGAGAUACGAACCUGCAUCCUGCCCUCAACUGGUAAAGGCAUUUUUCUAAACUCCGUGGAAGAACGUCUCAGCCCAAGUGAUUGUGAUUGUCCUGUACAAUGUGAGCAGAUCAAGUAUGGCUUGGUGCUCUCCUCGGCAUAUUUCCCGUCACCUCAUUUCUGGGACGCACUUUACAAAUUCUUCAAUAAAAGUGAGAACGGGACCGCAACAGAUGCCCUGCAAGAGAUAAUCAGGAGACACUUAUUGAAGCUGAACAUUUUCUACGAAAGUCUGUCAACCGAAGUCACUAAAGAAAAGCCAGCCUACGAUAUCUUCGCCUUUGGAUCGGACAUGGGUGGUACCAUGGGGCUGUUCCUUGGCUGUAGUCUUCUGACAUUGUUUGAGUUUUUAGAUCUGCUCAUUAUGGCUUCAUUCAGGUUUUACGCGGUAAAGAAAGCUGCGUCAAAAAAGGUCAACCACAAAUCAGAGGCUUAUGAUGACUCCGUGUGAUGAAAAAUUACUUAUGCUAGACUUAGAACGAGGAAACUUCAAAAACUACGGGCUACUCGCCUUGUUUCGCCUCAACUCUGGUACACUAGGAAACAUACAGGCUAGAAUUCAAGAGAAACGCAAGAAUUAAAAACGAAAUAACCUCAGUAUUUUGAAACUCCGUUAGGAGAAAACUGAACAGAUUGUAAGCAGAGAGACAAUACAUGCAAAGUUGUUUAGUUUCUUUUGGCACGGAAAUUUUUUUCAAGGAAAGUGGCAAUUUUAGUAAACCCUAACCCUAACCCUAAACAAAAUCCGGUAAGAAAUCGAGUAAUUUCAGUUUUUUUGUGGACAAAAACCUUGUACCAGAAUAAUUUUAGGUAUUUCACAGUCCUUUUUACAU